AUGGCGAAAGACAGCCGAAAACUGAAGAAGAAGCGAAGGGUAUCCUUCAGCCUUCCUGAAGCCGAAGAAAAACAUGAAGACUCCCCCAAAGUCCAAGUUUCUAUUCACGACGAAGCCUCUUACGAUGACGAAGUGGAGACGAUGGAUGUUGAAGGCAGCAACGGACUAGCAAAAACAGAUAGCUCUGAUGAAAGCUCUGACGAAGCCGCGUCGCACGAGUCGGAGGCCGAGUCCGAUGCCGAGAUGACCGCUCCCCGCGAAGCAAACGGGCGACCGAAACAAUCCGAAUCUGACUCCGAGUCUGCCUCCGAUUCUGACGAUUGCGCGUCCAAUUCUGACGAGAACGUGUCCAGCUCAGACUCAGCAGAUGAAAGCACGUCCGAAGAUGAAAACGACGAGGCAGACACUCCGCAAAAUGACCCCGAGGCGGGGCAGGCUCCCCCCUCAGUGUCUUCUUUCGGUGAGAUGUCUUUGGACCCGCGCGUGGAGCGUGCAAUCGAGCGCGUGGGCUGGCGCAAGCCGACACCGGUGCAAUCAGCUGUCGUGCCGGCUGCGCUCUCGGGGCGGGACGUGUUGGUCAGCGCGCCGACUGGCUCGGGCAAGACCGGCGCGUACGCGAUUCCGAUCGUGCAGCAUAUCUGUAGGGCGAAGAGCUUAGAACGGUCCGGAACGAAGGUCGUUGUGUUGGUGCCCACGAGGGAACUUGUGCACCAGGUGACCGGGGUGCUCAAGGCGCUCUGCAGGUACAUCGGGGGUGUGCAGGUCGCAGCGGUUAUGAGUCGGAAAAAAGGGAAUACGAAGAAGAAUCAGGGGGCCAAAGGAGGUCCGGCGAAGCAGGCGCACGGCCAACAAGCUAGUGAGGCACUGACUUUCACUCAAUCCGCAGAUAUUAUGGUCGGUACGCCUGCAUCUAUUGUGAAUGCAGCUGGUACGGAACAGAAGAGCGCGCUGAGCGAAGUGCAGUUCGUGGUCGUGGAUGAAGCGGACCUAGUGCUCAGCUACGGCUACGAGAGUGACGCCAAAGCGGCGCUGGCGAAAAUCCCGCCGACUGCACAAUCAAUGUUGCUGAGUGCUACGCUUGAAGCGGAUGGUAUGGCCAGCUUUCGGAAAGUCGUUCUUCGUCGUCCGCUGACCAUUAAGGUGACCACGGACGGCGACAUGAAAGAUGGAGAUCCCACAGGAGCUUCGCACUAUUUCGCGCGCCUCAAGAACCACAAGGACCGCUACCUCGUCGCAUACGCUAUGCUGCGGUUGAACGUCGUAUGUGGAAAAGUACUGUUGUUUGUGAAUCAUGUCAACUCUGCGUUUCGGCUCAAGCUGUUCUUAGAUCAGUUCAAAGUGAAGAGUGCAGUCCUCAAUUCCGAGCUUCCUGCCAACUCAAGGAUGCACUGCGUCUCGCAGUUCAACGCCGGUGUUUUUGAUAUUCUGAUCGCGACGGACGAGUCGAAGGACGAUGAGGCAUUGGUCGGGAAAAAAAAGAAAAGUGGCUCGAAAAAGACAGAUUGCAAGAAGCGCAAGGUCGAUGCGGACGAGGAAUUUGGAUUGUCACGCGGUGUCGACUUUCAAGAUGUCGCUGCUGUUUUCAACUUUGAUGUCCCGGAAACGGUCGCUAGCUACACACACCGUGCUGGUCGAACGGCUCGGGCUGGGAGGUCUGGCACGGUGAUGUCCCUAGUAUGUUCAGACAAGGACCAGAGCCGCGUUGCGGAAAUGGGGCGAGAGCUUGGGGUGCAUAUCGGACCGCUCGCGUUCCGAAUGGACCAAAUCGAAGCGUUCCGGUAUCGCGUAGAGGACUGUCUUCGUAUGGUUACGGAUGCCGCUGUGAAUGGAGCGCGCUUGGCAGACGUACAGCGGGAAAUUGUGAACUCUGAACAUCUGCAAGACUACUUUGAAGACAAUCCUCAAGACCUUGAUGCACUGCGGCACACUCUGAGUCUAGCUAAAAACAUCCCUGAGCAUCUUGCGCACAUUCCGUCAUACUUGCUACCAGUGGCGCUCCGAGGCAGCGUGACGAAGGACCCACGCGGGUCCAAGUUUCGAACGAAGAGGAAGAGAGGUCCAUCGAAACGGUCACUGAAGAAGAAGAGCGCUGGGGAUCCCUUGAAGACGUUUUCGAACAAGGGGCUAGCGGGAAGUUCUCGUCAGCGGUUCCAAGAAAGACACGGAAUUAAGAAGAGGCAAAAGAGCAACCCGGGACAGAUGAUGAAGAAGCGGAGACGAGUAUAUUGACGAAAUAGAGGUGUGUGAGGACUAGAUAUGGAGUGUGUUCAAGUUUAGUUAUGCGCCUCUCGCUGAGGUAUUGUUUUGUGUUUGUGUAGAAGUGAGAGUGUUUGUAAAGAACCGAGGCAACGUUGGACGCGAGACCACCGACUAGUUGGAUGUUGUGGCUUUGGUUGGCAAACUUGGUCAAGUGUAGCUCGCCCCCGAUCAUGUGGUAAAAGAAGGACACCAUGCGUGGUCACGAAGCGUAAG